AUGUGUAAGGUAGAAAGUAAAUCCAAUUUAGGUGAAGCUUACAACAAUAUUGCCAGACUAUUUGAGACAGUUUCCAAAGAAUCAACCACUGAAGCUAUUAAUUGCAUACAUUCAAUAAUUAAAGAUCCAUGUGAUAAAUUAUCCCUUGAAUAUCACUUAUUAGAAUAUAGAGAUGGAAAUGGAAGGAAUGUUUGUCAUUUUGUGUGUUCUGCAAGUAGAAGUGAUACUCUUAGAGCUCUAUUAAAAUUAGCACCGAAGUUGGUUAAUUCGCUUGAUGGAAGUGAAGAAAGUCCACUUUUCCUUUCAGUAAGGGCUGAAGAUAUUGAAUGUAUUAAUAUUUUAUUAGAAAAUGGAGCUGAUGUCUCACUUUUAAAUAAUAAAAAUUGCAAUGUUCUUCAUUAUGCUUGUGAAACCUCAAAUUAUGAAGUUCUUGGUAUACUUUUAUCGAGUUAUAAUAUACAGCAGUAUUCAUGUGUUGAUUUAAUAAAUCAAUGUAGUCCUGAAUUUGGUACACCACUCCAAUGGGCAUGUAUGAGGAAUAAUUUAAAGAUAGCAAAAUUCCUUCUGUUACUAGGAGCAAAUCCAAAUAUAUACCCAGUUGGCCGAAGUAUACCUCCAUGCUUAAUACUCGCUAGUAGUUUAGGAAAUAUUGAUAUGGUUGAAACUCUUAUUAAUUCAGGUGCAUUAGUCAAGCUGGCUAUUGAUUCUGAGGGAUAUACAGCUUUAUACUGUGCUGUAGAAGCAAAUAACUUUGAUUUAAUUAAAUUAUUAGUUCAUUAUUCAAAAGAACAACAAUUUGAUAUAUUUUCUGUGUCAGUAAAUGGGAAAGAUAUAUAUAUAUAUGCUCAAGAACAAAAUUGUUCAUAUGAAAUUCUUGAAUACUUGGAAAAUUUUGUAUCUAACAAUGAAAAUGUAACUUCAGCCACACAAUGUUUGUUAAAUACUAGCCAAGAGAUGAUCUCUGAUAAAGUGGCUUCAAAUAAGUCAGAUGACGAGAAUCUAGAAGAACAUAAUAUAUUGGAAAGCAAUAUAGAUGAAGACAACUUAGAUUCAGAUAUUGUAUAUGAUGAAGAAGAAGCUAAAAAAAUAAAAAGUGAGGGUAAUUUGGCAUUUUCAUUGUGUGACUAUAAUUCUGCUAUUCAAGCUUAUACAGAUGCUCUAAACUUACUUAAAAGAAAAGUCGAGUUAUUAUCAAAAGAAGGAAUAGAUCUUAAGUCCAGUUUACUCUCAAAUCGUUGUUGGGCGUAUAUCCAAGUUAAAGAAUAUAACAAAGCUUUAUUAGAUGCAAAGAGUUGUAUCAAAGUUAAACCAGACUGGAGUAAAGGAUACUUUAGAUUAUCUCAAGCUUAUCAGCACCUUAAUGACAUUGAAAAUCAAGCAUAUAGUUUGUGGGAUGCUGUUAUUCAUGAAGUUGAUUCCCUUGAGACUAAACAACAAUACUUAACCAUUUUGAAGAGUUUAAUUGACAAGAGAAAAAAUAUAUUUGCUAUUUAUCCUAGGGAACAAAUAUAG